AUGCACCAACCGCCCAGCCUCAGCGUUCCGGCGGCUCAGCAGGCCAACCGGCCAGAGAAGACAUCCCACAGCUCCAGCCACGGCCGUAGCCCCAGCCCCAGCCCCAGCACCAGCACCAGCGCCAGCGACAGCGUGGGCAACAGCGGCGAGCACGGAAGCGGUCCUGGCACCGGCAUGCAACCUGGCCACGCUAGCCGACCGGCCAAGGAGACAGCCUGCUUCCUCCGUCGGGCCCUCCGCCCCUCGCUCGACCACCGCGCCACCAGCGGCUCUUCCGACGGCAAGCAGCACCGCUUCAAGGCCCUCGCCACCCCGCCACCUCUGCACCAGCAACCGCAUACGCCGUGCAACGUCACCUCGGCACUCCCGUGGAGCGACGAGCUCGGAGGCGUCCCGCCUGCCCCUCGGGGUCCAUCGCGGGCCGAGCUGAACCGAUCCGCCUCCUCGACAUCGCACCUCGGUCGCCUCUACGGAACGAAGCCGCCUCCCCUCGUCGGCACUUCCGAGGUCCUCGCGGGCAAGCGCAAGGCUCCGGACUCGACAUCCGACCGGAGCGACCGCGCCAAGCGCUGCCGCCAGCGACUGCUGACUGUGGCAAAGAAGGCCGCCAGACGCAUCGACCUCCCCGCUCAGGCCACUGCGGGUUCCUCAAAGCUCACCAAGCGCGCACUCGACAGGCUAUCCGAAGAGAUCCGGUGCGAAGAAGACGAGGCGGCCAUGCGCGAGUCCAUGCCCGACUGGGGCAAACGCCCCCUGCAGUGCCGCCGCGCAUCGUCCGAGUCGUGCAUCACCCUCGAAGAGGUCGUCGAGCGCUCCCACCACUCUCGCUGGCAGCAGAUCAAGCGGCGCUCCUCGCUCACCACCGCCAGCGCCUACAACGACCGCUUCCGCUUCGCCCCUCCAGAUGCUGCAGACGGCCAUCACCACGGCCUCGCCCAGCAGCCCGGGCCGAGUCUGGUCCCGAGCAGCGCGGUCGGCGCCACCGACGAUGGACGCGACGACCCACUGCCUCAGCUCAGCCUGCUCUCGGCCACCGAGACCGCUCCAGUGGGGUGGCGAUGCCCCAGCGUCAACCUUCGCGACGCGCCGGCGGUGUCUACCUUUCAGCCGGAGCAACAGCGCUUUUGGCCGCUCGUCGACCACCAGCUAGACUACACGGGCGCGCGGAUGCUCUCCGCCGCCAUGUCGGGUGCCAUCAGCGCUUCGUCGCCUGCCGCCUCUGCCGCCUCGUCAGCCCGCAAGGCGGUGGGUCACGAGCCUCCUCGGCAGUCGGACGGGUCAAGGACGGUUCCAGCAACGCCCUCCAAGGCGACAAGGGCAGCACCACGCACAGACUCGAUCGUCGCCGCCGACGUCGUCAAGGAGCCCCCGCGCCGGGCCGAGACGGUGCACGCCUCGACGUCCUCCUUCUCGCCAAGCCCGCACAGCGACGACCCGACCGUCAGCUCCGGCUCGCAGUUCUCGAAGCUCGAGUGCGGAGGACCGUCGUACAAGCCCGCCGCGUACGCCUGGAAGCGCUCGAUCAGCGCCGGGCCGGGCCCGGUCGGCAGCACGGUCGGCAAAGGUGCCGUACCGCCAUCAUCGACGCUGGCCAGCAUCAUGGCGUACAGCCGUCGGCAGGCGGCCGAGUCUCGCCUUAGCCAGAUGAGCCAGGUGGGCAGGGGCCUGGAGCGGGAGGCGUCGUCGUCGUCCGAGAGCGAGGGCGACUGCACGCCUCGACAGCUCCGCUUCAACGCCAUUGUUGCACAGGCGCGCGAAGGUGCCAGGAAGGGCGCGGCCCGUCCCGUCGGCGACGACGACAUGGCCAUCACACCGGACUCGGAUGUCGGCGGCGAGCCGCUCGGCGCACCCGCGGCGCUAUCGCUCGGGGAUCUGCAGCCGACAAAGAAGGUCGCGGGGAGGAGCUGGGCGGCUGUGCCCUCCGACUACUUCGGCGACUGGGACGCCUCCGCGCAGCGGGCGAGGCUGGCCUAG